UAAAGCAGAUCAUGGAAGAAGCUGUCACCCGGAAAUUUGUACAUGAAGACAGCAGUCACAUCAUCGCAUUAUGUGGGGUUGUGGAAGCCUGUCUCCUGCACAUGCUGAAGCGCAGGGCUGCCGGCUUCCUGCGGACCGACAAGGUGGCCGCCCUCUUCACCAAGGUUGGCAAGACCUACGCGGUAGCUGGAGAGGUGUGCAAGAAAGUGCAGGAGCUGCAGCAGCAGGUGGAAAGCAGGAAAAACCAGCCAAAUGGGCAGGAGCCCCUUAAGAGGCAGGGAUCAACCACAAGCAAAACACCUGUCCUGACACCUCAGGCCAUCAAACACAUCUGGGUUCGGACAGCACUGAUCGAGAAAGUGCUCGACAAGAUCGUGCAGUACAUUGUCGAUAACUGCAGUAAAUAUUAUGAAAAAGAGGCUUUACUGGCAGAUCCGGUGUGUGGCCCAAUACUGGCUUCUCUUCUGGUUGGACCAUGUGCUCUGGAGUACACCAAGCUGAAAACAGCAGAUCACUACUGGACAGACCCUUCAGCAGACGAGCUUGUUCAGCGGCACCGGAUUCACGGAGUACACGGCCGCCAGGACUCUCCUUCGAAGCGCCCGGCCCUGGGAAUCCGGAAGCGGCAUUCCAGUGGGAGCACCUCCGAAGAUCGCUUUGCUGCGUCGGCAAGAGAGUACGUGGAGUCUCUGCACCAGAAUUCCCGAACACACCUUUUGUAUGGGAAAAACAACGUCUUGGUCCAGCCGAAAGACGACCUGGAGGCGAUUCCUGGGUAUCUCUCCCUUCAUCAGUCAGCAGAUAGUUUGACAUUAAAAUGGACUCCAAAUCAGCUGAUGAAUGGAACCCUUGGAGAUUCAGAGCUGGAGAAAAGUGUUUACUGGGACUACGCAUUAAUUGUGCCACUCAGCCAGAUCGUCUGCAUCCACUGCCAUCAGCAACAAAGCAGAUGGACAUUAGUCUUGGUGAGUCAGGAUGGAACUCAGAGGCCUCCGCUGCACUUUCCCCAAGGAGGUCACCUCCUCGCGUUUCUCUCCUGCCUGGAAAAUGGUCUUCUGCCUCGUGGUCAGCUGGAACCACCACUUUGGUCACAACAGGGCAAGGGUAAAGUAUUUCCGAAGCUUCGAAAACGGAACAGCAACAGAUCAGUGGACCUAGAGGAGAUGCCAGCUGAAGACACUUCUACAGACUACGUGUUCAGAAUUAUCUAUCCAGGACACAAGCAUGAUAACAUAACUAUUAACUACCACCACUUAGCUGCCAGCCGCUCUGCCUCUGUUGACGAUGAUGAGGAGGAGGAAGAUAAGCUACACGCAAUGCUAUCAAUGAUCUGCUCUCGGAACCUCACAGCUCCUAAUAGGAUGAAAGACACCAGCGAAAUGAUCGAGAUGCAAGGCUUCGGGGCAAACCUGCUGUCGUGGCAGCUGGAGCACUGCAGCCAGGGCUCCUCGUGUCUCUCCUGCUCAACGGGCAGCUCGCCCUACGACGUCCCCAGCUGCUGCAACUGCAUCCACGACCGGACUCCCCUGAAGAUGCUGUGUGACAGCAUGAAGAGGCAAAUAGUUUCCAGAGCCUUCUAUGGAUGGCUCGCCUACUGCCGCCACUUGUCCACGGUGCGAACCCACCUCUCUGCCCUCGUCAACCACACCAUCGUCCCCCCCGACAAACCCUCCAGCGCGGCGGGGGGGCUGACCAAAGAGGUCUGGAGCAAGUACCAGAAGGACAAGAAGAAUUACAAGGAACUGGAAUUACUAAGAAGAGUUUACUACGGUGGGGUGCAGCACGAGAUCCGAAAGGAAGUGUGGCCGUUCCUGUUGGGUCACUAUAAAUUCGGCAUGGCCAAAAAGGAGAUGGAGCAGGUGGAUGAAGACAUUGCUCUGCGGUACCAGAAGGUCAUGGCUGAGUGGAAAGCCUGCGAGGUCAUCGUGAAGCAGCGGGAGAAGGAAUCACAUUCUGCCACGCUGGCAAAGUUCUCCUCGGGCAGCAGCAUCGACAGCCACGUCCAGCGACUCAUCCACAGGGACUCCACCAUCAGCAACGAUGUCUUCAUAUCCGUAGAUGAAACGGACUCAGCAGAACGGGACCCCAAAGGUCAGGACGACCCCCCUUUCACGGUGGUGUCUGCGGAGGUGCCAGCAGCCGUCGGGGCCGUGGAGCCACAGGCUGUGGAGUUUGACUCCCCUGACUCCGGGCUGCCGUCCUCGAGGAACUACUCUGUGGCCUCGGGCAUCCUGUCCAGCAUCGACGACGGGCAGAGCGUCUCCUUCGAGGAGGGGGCUGAGGAAGAGGCCGGUGCUGACUCGGAAAGGACUGACCCAGACACCCCCCAUCUGCAGAAAGCCAAGUCAGUCGUGCUGCAGCCUCAGGAUUCCGUGUCGGAGGAGCAGCUGUGUUCCCAGGGGGAUUAUUUAAUGGAUGUUGCCUCUGUCUGCGCUGCGUCCUACACGAUAGAGUUACUGGACACUGUUGCCUUAAAUUUGCACAGAAUUGAUAAAGAUGUCCAGAGAUGUGAUCGGAAUUACUGGUAUUUUACUGCCGAUAACCUGGAGAAACUCCGAAAUGUCAUGUGCAGUUACGUGUGGGAGCACCUGGAAGUUGGUUAUGUUCAAGGCAUGUGUGACCUCCUGGCUCCUUUGAUGGUUAUACUUGACAAUGAUCAACUGGCCUACAGCUGCUUCACCCACCUGAUGAAGAGGAUGAGCCAGAACUUCCCCAACGGAGGUGCUAUGGACACACACUUUGCCAACAUGCGGUCCCUGAUCCAAAUUCUAGACUCAGAGCUUUUUGAAUUGAUGCACCAGAAUGGAGAUUACACUCACUUUUACUUCUGCUAUCGCUGGUUCCUGCUUGACUUCAAAAGAGAAUUGUUGUACGAGGAUGUAUUUACAGUGUGGGAAGUUAUUUGGGCAGCAAAGCACAUCUCUUCAGAACAUUUUGUCCUUUUCAUUGCCUUAGCACUUGUGGAAGUUUAUCGAGAGAUUAUCCGUGAUAACAACAUGGACUUCACUGAUAUCAUCAAGUUUUUUAACGAAAUGGCAGAGCAUCACAAUGUGGAGGAGAUCCUGCGGAUAGCAAGAGACCUUGUCUACAAAGUGCAGACACUGAUUGAAAAUAAGUGAUAACGAGCAGACUGUCACUGUGGGCCUCGUUGUGAGCUGUCGGCUGGAGCACUCCUUGCACUGUAACUUCAAAAUGGUGUUUUAAUUGCAUCUUCCAUGUAAUGUAAUAAAUAUCGAAGAGAUUUGUAAGAGACUUUUAAAACCAGAACUUUUCCUUCACCGGAUAAGGUUUGUGUUUGAUAGUCCUUGUUACACUCACUUUGUAUUUCUAGACAAGAUCUUUUUGCAUUCUCUUACUUCCCUCUCUAGACCAUCUAUCAACGUACUUGAGAUAUUAAAAAGGGGGAAUUUGACACGAGAACAUUUAUAUUUUGACUUACCAUACCUUUAAAGCCUGGAUGCAGUUGUGUGCUCUGCCAGAGCCUUCCAUGGAGGUACGGCCGGACCCGAAACUCACUCCAGUGUUGCAGCAUCGACUGGUUCCUUGGAGGAGCACCUUGGACUCAUGUCUGUGUCCUGAAGUGGAAGAGAAAGCGUCUGAGUGCCUGUUGCUAAAACACUGGCAUUUUUAUUUAGCAGCAAUUAAAGUAAAUAAGGUUACCAGCUGGAGGAAUGGCCUUAAACAACAUGGUUAAUAGGAGGUGUGAAGAUCUGCCUUCAUCCCCUCAGUCCCCUUUGGUGACUCGCUCACGCUGUGCAGUCCCACGGCCCGCACACGCCACAGCCAUGCCUGCCUUUUCCUUUGCAGGCUCACCCUGCAGCCCUUCCCAGGUGACAGGAUCCGAGGUGGUUGAGGUUAACAGGUUUAGCACAGAGGAACAGCUCCCACGCUCUCUGCAUCCUGCAGUGCCAUGAAGUUCAGCUCCCACCCUCUGGAGCAGACACAGCAGAGCUUUGCGCCUCCCGACACUCACUGCUCCUCUCCCCACACCUCCCGCGCUGCAGAGCCCUGGGGGAGGCCUUUCCUUGGCACCCAACACUCACUGGGUGCUCCUCUGCUGAAGUGGGGCCAGCACCCCCCAGGUGAAGCAGCAGUGGGGGGGUCUGAUGCUUUGUGCUGGUUUGCAGAGCUGUCCCUGUGCCCCGGGGAAGGUCCUUGCCAGUUCUCCUGCUUGGCCAUUCCACCCUUUGCCAUCAGCACCCGAGUAAUUCACCAAAAAAAAAAAAACAAACCAAAAAAAAACCAAACCCACAAAAACAAGAAGAAUUUGAACCUGAAUUUUUGUGUUUCUGAUAUUUGGGUUUGCAGGAGCAAGCACUGCCCAGGGCCCUCACCAGCCAAGUGGCACUUGCACAAGGAAAAGGUAGAUUUGGUUCUAGAAACACCAUCUGUGCUUAGAUCCGUCUUUAUGAUUGCAGUAAACUAAAAAAAGGUAAAAAAAAAAGUCUGAAAAGGGAAAAAAUGUACACCAAGUGCUUCUCAUCUCAAUAGCUGAGCCCUCCCUUAAACUGGGCUCUAGAAAUUUGAGGGGAGGGUAAAAUAAACCCAAACCAGAAGUCCCUCAUGGCUGGUGUGGGCAGAGGCUGCUGGGGAGGAUCGUGGUGUUCUCCAGGCUCACGAGCACCGCGGUCACGAAGCAGAAGUGAGAAGAGAGGAGCCCACUCAGUCCCGAGGAAGGCGCUGGGGAAGGAAACCCCCUUUCUGUGCGUGACGCUGCCGAAAUAGCAGCAGUGGGAGUCACAGCAGGACAGGGCUCCUCUGCCACCCCCAAGGUGGGGGAGCUGGGGCCAAGAGCAUCCCUGUUUACAGCUCCGGGCCAGGGCCGGGCUGCAGGAAGGGCUCAGGGGCAUCUUGGGUUGGGGAGGAGGGGGCCUGUUUGCUCACUUGAAAAGCAAAAGAGUAUUUUUUAAAAAAAAUCAACCAGAGCGAAAAAACCCUCCAACCCCCAGGGCCCACAGAAGUGAUGUAAAAAAAUAAAACUCCACUAUUUUUCUUUGGUAUGUUGGGAAUGUACUAUACAACGCUGUUUAAAAAAAAAAAAUCUACAAAAAUCAAACCUCUAAGAACUUUGUUGUAUUUGUUAUAACAUUCUGUCUAAUUGUAUUUUAUUAAUAUUGUGUAUUGACUUAUUUAUUUUUGUUGGGAGCAGACUACUGCUCAAUUAUUUAUGUUUAAAUGUAACAUAUGAAUAAAUACUUAUCGUCAAGGCAAUCCA